AUGCACGCUGAAAACUAUCGGCGUGUCAAGGAGCUCCGGGCUGGGGGAGAUUUGGAACAUCUGGCCAGGGCCAUCAGAUUGGCGAAGGACCAGGCCCGUCAACGCCUCCUCCUAAGGUGGAACAUCUACCUGGAGGGGGCGACGGGCCGGUCGGAAAUGAGGGUCGCCGAGGCCAUCCGGCCCUUUCUAAAGGAGUGGGUGGACAGGGCCCGCGGGGAGUUGUCCUUCUGUACAACGCAGAUACUCAUCGGACACGGAUGUUUCGGUGAGUACCUGCAUAGGAUAGGCAAGGAGUUCACUUCCCGCUGUCACCACUGUGGUGACGAGGUGGACUCGGCGCAACACACUCUCGGGGAAUGCUCCUCGUGGGUGGCAGAGCGCCGAGUCCUAAUAGACGUGGUAGGAGCGGACCUCUCUCCCCCGGCCCUUAUUAGGACCAUGCUCAGGGGAGACAUGGGUUGGUCCGCCGUCACCUUCUCUUGCGACACAGUUAUGACGCAGAAGGAGGAGGCGGAGCGAGAGAGGAGGGGCGAAAUCGCCCCUCAGGACGGGGUGAGGCGCCGCAGCAGAAGGGCGGCGCCUCACCUAUCCGCGCAUUAG